AUGGGCCGGGGGCUGCUGCUGCUGCUGCUCCAAGACUGGGGGGGCUGUCAUGCCCAGGGGGCCACCGUGACCAGCCCGCGCUGGCUGUCUCUGCAGGCUGCACUGCAGGCUCCGAGCUGGCCUUUCGUACGGGAGCCAGGCGACGUGGUGGCCGUGCAGGAGCACCCGCUGGCGCUGCCCUGCCAGGUGGAGGGCAAGCCGCCCGUGUCCAUUACCUGGCAGCGGGACGGGCUGGUCCUGGCCGAUGACAGCGCUGCCACCCUGAUGCCGGACGGCUCCCUGCACCUGGCCGCCCUGCCCUCAUGCUGGAGCCUCCCUUCCCACGCCCACGAGUAUCCCUGCAUGGCCCAGCACCGCUACGGGCAGCUGGUGAGCCGGCGGGUCCAGGUACUGCUGUCAGUGGUCAGCAAGAGGUGGCAGAGGAGGGAGCCAGGGCCCUGGGGCACAGCUGCUGGGGGCUCAGCCCAGGCUGGGUCUGUGGGUGCUCAGGCGGCCCCCCCGCCCCAUGCCCUCAGGGUCACACUGCUGCCUGGCAGCAUCCUCCAUGUCACCGGUGUGAGCCAGGCGGACGUGGGCAUCUACCGCUGCGUGGCAUGUAAUGUGGCCAGUACUCGCCACAGCCAGGACGCCCAGCUGACCCUGAGGGCUCACAGUCUGGUAGAGAAGGAGAAGCUGUGGGAACCCAGCUGGGGCUGCAGUGGGACCCCCCCACGAUUGCUGCAGGAGCAGGAGAUCCUGUCGGGGCCUCAGAACUUGACACUCACGGUGCACCAGACUGCGGUGCUGGAGUGCAUCGCCCCCGGCCACCCGCGGCCGCUCGUCUCCUGGAGCCGCCUGGGCGGCCACUCCAUCGGCGUAGAGGGUAUCCAAGUCCUGGGCACUGGGAACCUCUUGAUCUCCGAUGUGUCGGUCCAGCACUCGGGCGUCUACGUCUGCGCCGCCAACCGGCCGGGCACCCGAGUGGGGCGCACGGCGCAGGGCGUCCUGCUCGUGCAAGCCCACUUCGAGCGUUCGCUGGUAGCGCAGCCCGGAACUGCUGCCCGCGCUGGGCGGAUUAACCACCCAGCGGCCCCCGAGUUUGUCCAGUGGCCACAGUCCUUGUCCAAGCCUCCGGACAGCAGCUCCAUCUUCACCUGCCUGGCCCAGGGUGUCCCUGAGCCCCGCUUGGUCUGGUUGAAGAACGGGAAGGUGCUGAGUCCUGGAGAUAAAAUGCUGGCUGGGGUCUCUGCUGAGGACGAGGCCAUCUACCAAUGUGUGGCAGGGAACAGCACUGGCUCCAGCCAGGGCAGUGCCCACCUGGCAGUGACAGGGGGCCCAGAGCCUCCCCUCAGCCCCAGAGGCCUGCAGGCUAAAGCCCUGUCCACCCCGGCCAUUCAAGUGUCCUGGGAGCCAUCCCCCUCCAGCGGGGACAUCAUCUGCUAUGUGCUGCACCUCCGGCCUGUGGGAGAGCCAGCUGGCCUGGAGCUCCAGGAGGCUGUGAGCAGAGGCACCUUUGAGCAUGUCUUCUCCAGCCUGGAGCCUGCCACAGCCUACUCCAUCCACCUGCGGGCGUACUCAGCAGAGGGUGCCAGCGAGGACUCUGCCCCCAUCCAUGCUUCCACAGUGGGCAAUACGCCUGCUGCCCUGGGCUUCUCCACCAGAGUGCUCAACGCCACCACCGUGCAGGCCUCCUGGGAGCUGCCACCCCAGCCAGGGCCCAACCAGGGCUUCAAACUCUUUCACCGCAAGCUGCUCGUGGCCCAUUUCAAGGGGCCCCUGCUCCUGGCCAGCAGCGUCAGCUCCUUCCUGUACACAGACCUGGUGAGCUGGCCCCGAAGGCCUGGUCCCUUCAUGCUCUGCUCCCUGCAGAGCCCGCUGGCCUCCACGAGAUCAAGCUGCAGGCGUUCAACGGCGAACGGUGAUGGUGAAAGCAGUGCCCGCUUUGUCUCUCUGCGUGAUGUGCCCCCAGCCACCCCUGAGUCCAAGGCCGGCUGCUCCUGCAGCCAGGAUGAGAGCAGCUCGCUGUCGGGGGCCGUGGUGGGCGUCCACGUGGGCCUGGCUGCCCUCAUUGUCUGCCUCCUCUGCCUCUUCCUGGGCUGGAGACACAGUUAA